CAUGGACCAGACGAUCCAGAAGGCGACCAACAGCGGAGUGGUUGGGCUUUGAAGCUCCAAUUCGAUGGCCCACCACGCGUCCGAUCCAAAUCAGGACCACGAUUUCGAAUUGAUCGAUCUCUCCCCCUUCUUCGCUACUCCCGGCGCCGGCGAUGAUCUCGCUGCUGCAAAGGAGAGGAAGGAAGAGGUGAUUCGGCGAAUCCGCGGAGCGUGCUCCGAUUCCGGCAUGUUUCUGAUAGUCAACCACGGGAUCCCCGUGGAAGCGCUGGACGAAACCCUGGCGGUCGGUCGCGAGUUCUUCGCUGGUCCCGACGAGGAGAAGCUCAAGUGGAGCCCGCGGCCGCCGGAGCCGGGUGCGGCGUCGACGUUGCCCAUGGGGUACGUCAAUCAGGCGGCGGUGGAGUCCGCUCGCAAUAAUAGCGAGGUUUUCCGGAUGGGUCCGACCGGCUCCGGCCCUGGCUCCACCGUCUACCCGACCAACCCGACACGGUUCAGGGAGAUCAUGGAGAGGACAUUUGGGUACUUUGUCAAGACGGUGGCGCCAUUGAUAGAAACUCUGAUCAACGACGCUCUGGGCCUACCUCCAGAUCUCCUGCACCAAUACAACAGCGAGAGGCAGUGGGAUGUAAUGCUAGCUUACCACUACUUCAAGUCCACCGAGACCAAGAAAGUCGGAUCGUUCCCGCACAAGGACCCAAACCUCUUCACCGUGUCGCUCGCGUUCGGGUAUCAGAUCGGCGGGAAGAAGUGGGUGGAGCCGUUUGCAGAGCUGACGGGGCAGAGCAGCAAGGCGAUGAACAAGUUCAAAGGGUUCCAUUACAAUGAACUCCUGGAGCUGCUAGGGGAGAUGUAUAAACCGAAUCUGGAUCCGAAUGAUGCAUUCGCCGUCAUGGAAGUGAUAAACCAAUACGCUCUUCCUGAUUGA